CGUCAUACCCCAGAAGCCCUAGAGAAGGAGAAGCGCGUUCCGGCGUUCUGCACACUGUGGAGUUUGGAACGUUUGGACAGCGUGGUCUGGUUCUUCGCGAGAAGGCGUGCGCAUUUGUGCGCGGCCUGUUGCGGCCUUGCAGGCCUUGGGGGGCCGAAAGUUUGGUGUGUUUUCGUUGGUACAGAGCCGCGGCGGGCCGCGCAGCCCCCUGACCCGGCCUCACCAUGUUGGUGCUAUUCGAAACGUCCGUCGGCUACGCCAUCUUUAAGGUUUUGAAUGAGAAGAAACUUCAAGAGGUUGAUAGUUUGUGGAAAGAAUUUGAAACUCCAGAGAAAGCAAAUAAAAUAGUAAAGCUAAAACAUUUUGAGAAAUUUCAGGAUACAGCAGAAGCAUUAGCAGCAUUCACAGCUCUGAUGGAGGGCAAAAUCAAUAAGCAGCUGAAGAAAGUUCUGAAGAAAAUAGUAAAAGAAGCCCAUGAACCCUUGGCUGUAGCUGAUGCUAAACUAGGAGGGGUCAUAAAGGAAAAGCUGAAUCUCAGUUGUAUCCAUAGUCCUGUCGUCAAUGAACUUAUGAGAGGAAUCCGUUCCCAAAUGGAUGGAUUAAUCCCUGGUGUAGAACCACGUGAAAUGGCAGCUAUGUGUCUUGGAUUGGCACACAGCUUGUCCCGAUACAGAUUGAAAUUCAGUGCUGAUAAAGUGGACACCAUGAUUGUUCAGGCAAUUUCCUUGUUAGAUGACUUAGAUAAAGAACUAAACAACUAUAUUAUGCGGUGUAGAGAAUGGUAUGGCUGGCAUUUCCCUGAAUUAGGAAAAAUUAUUUCAGAUAAUCUGACAUACUGCAAGUGUUUACAGAAAGUCGGCGAUAGGAAGAAUUAUGCCUCAGCCACACUUUCUGAACUACUGCCAGAGGAAGUUGAAGCCGAGGUGAAAGCAGCUGCAGAGAUAUCAAUGGGAACGGAGGUUUCAGAAGAAGAUAUUUGCAAUAUUCUGCAUCUCUGCACGCAGGUAAUUGAAAUCUCAGAAUAUAGAACCCAGCUCUAUGAAUAUCUACAAAAUCGAAUGAUGGCCAUUGCACCAAAUGUUACAGUCAUGGUUGGGGAAUUAGUGGGAGCACGGCUCAUUGCUCAUGCAGGUUCUCUUUUGAAUUUGGCCAAACAUGCAGCUUCUACGGUUCAGAUUCUUGGAGCAGAAAAGGCACUCUUCAGAGCCCUCAAGUCUAGACGAGAUACCCCAAAAUACGGUCUCAUUUACCAUGCUUCACUUGUAGGCCAGACAAGUCCGAAACACAAAGGAAAGAUUUCUCGAAUGCUGGCAGCCAAAACUGUUCUGGCCAUUCGGUAUGAUGCUUUUGGUGAAGACUCCAGUUCUGCGAUGGGAGUUGAGAACAGAGCCAAAUUAGAAGCCAGGUUGAGGACCUUGGAAGAUAGAGGGAUAAGGAAAAUCAGUGGAACGGGAAAAGCAUUAGCAAAAACAGAAAAAUACGAACAUAAAAGUGAAGUCAAGACUUACGAUCCUUCUGGUGAUUCCACACUACCAGCCUGUUCUAAAAAACGCAAGAUAGAACAGGUAGAUAAAGAAGACGAAAUUGUUGAAAAGAAGGCCAAAAAAGCCAAGGUUAAAAUUAAAGUUGAAGAAGCCCCCGUAGCAACAGAGGAAGAAGAGGAAGAAGAAGGAGUACUAGUGGUGGAAGAACAGGAGACAUCUGUGAAGAAGAAGAAGAAGAAGGACAAAAAGAAACACAUUAAAGAAGAACCACUUUCUGAGGAAGAACCAUGCACCAGCACAGCAAUUCCUAGUCCAGAGAAAAAGAAGAAAAAGAAAAAAAAGAAAGAUAAUGAGGACUAAUUGAAGGGAAUUAUCUUUGAGUCAUCGGGACACAUCACACCUAAGAUUCAGUCAGGAGUGUAUCAGAAAUGUUCCGUAAUUGAGCAAAGGUUGGAUGCUACAGAGUUCCUACUCAUCGAUAACUUUUCAAACCUAAGUGUCUUGACACAAGUUCUGUUAACUUGAUUAUGUCAUUUCUCAGUCUUUGUUACACAAAUAAAAAUAUUUUCUUUGUAUUUUAA